AUGCACAAGGGCACUAUGAUGGGCCUCUGCCUGAUGGCAGUUUUGGGAGCUGUUGUCCUGGAGGUUAAUGCUAGUCCAGAUACUGAUCCCAUCUCCAUGUUGCCGAAUUUUGGUGACCCGAUAUUUGAAGAGCAAUGCAUGAAAAAAACCGAAAAUUUAUUUCUGCUCAUGGAAGUGAAAAUAGUAUCAUUUAAAUUGGAAAUGGGCUUCACCAAACUGGACAAUAUCUGGCAAAAUAUGAUAAAGGCCAAUGAUGAAAAGUCGUGGGACGUACUGGACGCCUACAUCGAUGAAAGCUGCAAGAAGGCAACCGAGGUCCACGACUACUUCAAGGAGUUAACCAACACAGCACAAGUCUGCCUUACCUCCAAAUGGAAACACAGUUUGGAGACGUUGUCCCGAAUUCUGGAAUCGCUAGCGAGAUUUCAAUGUUCCUUGAGCCGUAAUGAGGUCGCUCCGUACUUGGACACAAUGGGUAUGUGUCCGAAUUUCACCAGGAAAAUGAUUGACAAUUGUGACCAGUUUCUCCCCAAUUACCCUUCCGUGAACAACUUCACAUUCACAAAAACCUUCAUGCUGUUCUUCUCGCCCACUUCCUGCGCCCACCUGCACCGGUACGAGUCGUGUGUCCUCCACCUUCUUGAAAUUUGUUCUGAUAACCCGGCCGUCAAAAUGGUCCAGUCGAUCUUUAAUAUUAUAAAGAAUGAAACGGACUGUCAGGAGCUGAACGCCAUCAAUGUGACCGACUCUUCAAAGGCAAUUGCUAAUAAUAACACCUUGACUACCCCCGAUGCUACCGCCUCUGGAAAUACUACGAUCGGAGGCUCGGCCAAUGUUGGCCAGAACACAACUGCUUCCGGCAAUUAA